AAGCGAUGGCUGCAGGGCCACCUGCAGGGUGACAGAGCGGGGGCAGGAAGGCGCAGCAGUCACGGGUGGGAGCUCAGCGCCUCGGCAGGAAGUGGGGGGGAACGGGGCGGCAUUUUGGGUAGCAGGGGUGAGGGGGGUGCAGCGCUCGGCCCCCCCCCGCUCUGGCACAUCCGCUGCGCGGGGCAGGAAGUCGGGGGGGGGCUCCCCCAUCUCGGAGCGUGCCCGCGGCAUCGGGACCCGCUCUGGCUGCACCCAGUGAUGGCUGCCCCGCGCUGGCACCCGCUGCUGCUGCUGCCGCUGGCGGGCCCGGCGGCGGCCGGGGAGCCCGCGGUGGCCCGCAGUGACCGGGCGGUGGCCGCGCUGCUGGCGCUGCUGCUGUGCCUGGCGGUGGGGCUGGCGCUGGCCUGGCACCACCUGUGCCGCAUCUCCGCCGGCCGGUACCACCCGCGGCCCCUGGGCCGCCGGGCGCUGCAGCUGCUGCGGGGACAGUGGCACCGGCUGCGCGCACCGGGGGACCCCGCCGCGGCCCUCGGGGACGGCGACGGGGAGGUGGCCGUGCGGGACGACCAGGAAGAGCUGAUGCCAUGGAGCCUGGAGCGGCGGCCGCAGCAGGAGGAGGAGGAGGAUGAGCAGGAGGAGGAUGAGGAGGAGGAGGAUGAGGAGGAGGCCGAGGCAGCGCCGGAGGGCGGGGAGAGCCCCCUGAGUGAGGGGCAGGCGGCGGGGGGCAGCGCCGAGGCCCUGCUCAGUGACCUGCACGCCUUCUCGGGGACAGCGGCCUGGGGGGACGCGCGGCCACACGUCACCGCCUUGUGACAUCACCCUCCUGACGUCACCACCCUUUGAUGUCAUCACCCUGUAGUGUGACACCACCCUGAAGUGUCAUCACCCUGUAAUGUCACCUCCCUGUAGUGUCACCUCCUUGUAGUGUCAUCUCCCUGUAAUGUCACUGCCCUGUAAUGUCACCACCCUGUAGUGUCACCUCCCUGUAGUGUCACCUCCCUGUAAUGGCAUCACCCUGAAGUGUCACCUGCCUGUAAUGUCACCGCCCUGUAAUGUCACUGCCCUGUAGUGUCACGUCCCCGUAGUGUCACCUCCCUGCAGAGUCACCUCCCUGUAAUGGCAUCACCCUGAAGUGUCACCUGCCUGUAAUGUCACCUCCCUGUAAUGUCACCACCCUGUAAUGUCACUGCCCUGUAGGGUCACGUCCCCGUAGUGUCACCGCCCUGCCAGCAAAGGGACCCCUUCUCUGUCCCCUGCCAGCCCCCCGCCGAGGCUCCUGAUUGGCUGCAGGGGCCUUGUCCGGGUUUGCACUGACCAAUAAAAGAGCAGCUCUGGGGGCAGAGCAGACCGGGGGCGUGGUUUGCAGAGAAGUGGGUGGAGCCAACGAAAGGGUGUGACAAAUGGGAGGAGC